AUGCUGGAAACAACAAAAGUUUGUGGUGGGAGAAUUGAAGAGAGAGUUUGUGAAGACAUGAUCAGUGCUUUACCCGAAGAUUUGCUUGUAAAUAUACUCAAGUAUGUGCCGACCAAAGAUGCAGUCGCUACCAUGGUUCUGUCUAAACAAUGGCGUUUUAUAUGGACAAUGUUGCCGAAACUUGUCUACAAAGAAAACAAUCUUGAUAAGAGUAAAAAGAGCGUUUGGUGGUUUCUUGAUAAGUCACUGCAACUCCACAAAGCACAUGUUUUACAAUUUUUGCUAAUACAACUCGGUCCACAAUGUCCUAGUGAUGCUGAUGUCGGAAAGUGUGUUGCAAAGGCUGUUGAUCGCCGCGUGGCUGUGCUAAUACUCGAGCUUCUAUGGUCCGCAGACCCAGUAAGCUUGCCCAAUAGCCUUUACUCGUGCGCAACUCUCGAGGUACUAUAUCUCUCCCAUAAGAUUCUCGUGGAUGUUCCUUGUACCGCCCGCCUCCAAUCACUUACCGUCCUCAUUUUGCGCUGUGUGGUGUAUAAAAACGAUGAAUCUCUCGAUAGGCUCUUAUCAGGCUGCCCCGUUCUCAAGCUUAUAAUUGUUAAACGGAUAAAGGAUGACAAUGUUAAAAGGUUCACUGUGAAAGUUCCUUCUCUAUUGGUAUUCAAGUAUGAGUACUAUGAUCAUCUAGAUAUACCUUACAGUGAUGGGGAAGAAGAUAGUGAAGUAGAAGAAGAUAGUGACGUAGAAGGAGAUAGUGAUGUAGAAGAAGAUAGUGACGUAGAAGAAGAUAGCGGUAGGGGCUUGGUUAUUGACACUCCUGCAUUAACAGGAUUUAAAUUCACUGAUUAUUCAGGAGACUCUUGCUCAAUCGAGCAUACGCCUUGUUUCGAGCAAGCUUAUAUCGACGUUGGCGGGAAUUUCCCUGACAUGGACAACUUCUUAAGAUCUUUUUCCUCCAUCUCGUUUCUCAAGAUGGAUUUGACAAACGAAAUGAUUCGGUGUUGCAAAACCAUCAAAUUCCCUCGGCUGACAGUGUGUAGGAUAUGUCCAUGGAACUCAGACUGGAUGGAUUCACUUGUGCCAUUCCUUGAAAAUACUCCUAAGCUGAAGUCUCUUAUAGUUGAUUAUAGAUUAACCAAUAAACCCCCUAUGGCCUCUGCUUCGUGGAGCGAAACGGGCUACACUCCCGAGUGCUUGUCAUCAAGUCUGGAGAAGUUUGAGUUAAUAGACUAUACAGGAAGAGAAGAAGAGUUAGAAUUGGUGGAAUACAUUCUAAGUAACUCUGGAAUUUUGGAAACGGCAACGAUCUCAAUGAGACCAUUACCAGACUUAAAUCUCAAAGACAAAGACGCAAUGAUGAAGAAGUUGAAAGAUAUUCCUAGGGUCUCAGGAACAUCGCAACUUGUGUUCAAAAACUAG